GUGUGGACUGGAGUCUGGGGGUGUGUGCUGCCCCGAUGGUUUAAAUCCUACACAUGCGUACUGGAUUUGGGGUUCAAGGGAAUAGGCUACGCCAUAUUGGAAACACUGUAUAGUUUAGCUAACAGUUUAUUGCUAGCGGGGGAAAGAGCCACUAAUUGAUUCCCGUUGGUUGUGUCGUUCGGCACGUCGUUAUUUUCCCUGUCGUUUCGCGUAGCCCCGUUUACAGGCUCGUUCUCGCGGUCCGAAAUCAAACUUCUCCGCUGAACGGGGGAAAGGCGUCCGUUUGUUUGACAGGGGUGUUGGAAAGACGGGUUGAAUGGAUCCGAGGGUCGCUUGGAUUCAGCCGGAACAGAAGGGUCCCGCGAACGCGUUAUGGAUGCGUGUGUGGGAGACGUCUCAGGUCAACCGGACUAACACGGGUCAGCACCAGAACCACCACCACAACAACCUCUGUGUCAACUCCCCGGCGUUUGACGGUUAUAAGACUGUAACGUUAGCGUCCAAUGCGAAUAACAGCACUAACAUUAAAAACAACGGCACUGCGAACUCGAGCAGCGGCUCUGCGGCUCACGCGUUGAAUGGAAACACGGGAGACGGCGAAAUGACCCAAAAGACCGGCUCGGUGGCGAAUUUGGCCUCCAGCUGCUCUAAAAUAAGGACUACGAGCCCUAAUAUAAUCGCUGGGAAUAUGAACAAGGGACAUGCGUUUUUUACUUGCAGCGAGAGCGUGCUGAAUAAUGUCAACCAUCAUCAUCAUCACCCUCCUCUUCCUCAUCUACGGCAUCUCCUUCAUCAAGAGCAGCAGCAGAGUUGCAUGAAGCGGCAUCCGUCCCAUCCAGCAGCGGUUCACAGCCACCAUCACCACCACCAUCAUCAUCCGGGCCGGAGGAAAAGCGACAACAAGGCCAGCACCUAUGGGAUAAACUACCUGCUCUCUAACUGGGCUAAUGGCAAUUAUGACAAUACCGGCACGCCGUGGAAGACGAGGAAAUAUAACCCAGGAGUGGACGGCUUGCAUGAAGAAAUCAUGGACUUCUACAAUUUCAUAUCUCCUCGUCCUGAGGAGACCACCAUGAGGCAAGAGGUGGUGGACAGGAUAGAGUCGGUCAUCAAAGAGUUGUGGCCGACCGCUGAAGUCCAGAUUUUUGGCAGCUUUAGCACUGGACUCUUUCUCCCAACCAGUGACAUUGACCUGGUGGUGUUUGGGAAAUGGGAGAAACCUCCCCUGCAGCAGCUGGAGCAGGCGCUCCGAAAACACAAUGUGGCAGAACCAUAUUCCAUCAAAGUUCUGGACAAAGCUACGGUACCAAUCAUCAAACUGACAGAUCAGGAUACCGAGGUGAAAGUGGACAUAAGUUUUAACGUGGAGACGGGCAUCAAAGCUGCUAACUUCAUCAAAGAAUAUGUGAAGAAGUAUACCGUGCUGCCUUAUUUAAUCUUGGUGCUGAAGCAGUUCCUGCUGCAGCGAGACCUCAACGAAGUCUUCACGGGAGGAAUCAGCUCCUACAGUCUCAUCCUGAUGGUCAUCAGCUUCUUACAGUUACACCCAAGGAUUGAUGCUAGGAAUCCCAACAUGAACCUUGGCAUUCUGCUCAUCGAGUUCUUCGAGCUGUAUGGAAGACACUUCAACUACCUGAAGACGGGCAUCAGGAUAAAGAACGGCGGCGCUUACAUGGCUAAAGAGGACAUCAUGAAGGCCAUGAGUAAUGGCUACAGGCCCUCCAUGCUCUGUAUCGAGGACCCUCUUCUUCCAGGUAAUGACGUGGGCAAAAGUUCGUAUGGUGCCAUGCAGGUGAAGGAGGCUUUCGACUAUGCGUAUAUAAUACUGGGUCACGCCGUCUCACCUCUCGCACGUUCUUACCCCAAUAAAGACAGUGACAGCACUUUGGGCCGCAUUAUUAAAGUCACCCAGGAAGUCAUCAACUACAGGGAGUGGAUCAUAAAGAAGUGGGGUUGCAGACACAACGCCCGCAUUGAGAGGAACAAAGGUGCAUCUCCUAAAGACUCGGUGGAGCAGGUGGAGACGGGCACACUGCUGGGUGUAGGUGUGGAGGAGCAGCAGCAGAGGGACUCGGUGUCCCCUCACAGUGCAGACUCCCCCAUGUCCCUCUCCAGCCCUCAGCAGCACUCCUCCGCCUCUUCUGCGUCCUCGCUGUCAGGCAGUGAUAUCGACUCUGACUCCACACCGUAUGUGGCUCCACCUGUAGCCCCCUUCCCUCUCCAGAUCCUGGCACCCGGUCCCCUGCCCCCAGCGCUUCAGAUGCACACGGGCAAAGCCAGCAUCACGGCAGCACUCAGCAUGCCUCCGGCUGCCCAGGCGAGAGUGUCAAUCCCCGGCAGUUUCUCUGUCCACGCUCUACCUGGCAGACAGGUGUGUAUGGCAGAUGGACCACCCCCAUACUUCCACAUGCCCCCCCCAGCUCCCCCCAGCCCUCUACCCAGUCCCCACCACCAUCCCAAGACAGGUCCCAAGUUCCCAUGGAAGGGCUUCCACAACCCCGCCGUGGUGCACAGUCCCGUCCUUUCCAGCCGAAGCCACAUGCAGUACAACCGCAACACCUGGCGCCGCAGGAAGAGGGACAAUGUGCUGGACAACCUCAGCAGAUAAAGCCCUCGCGCCUGCCCUCCAGAAGCUCCCCCUCCACCCCUCACUUCCUCUUCCACCCCUCCGGUCCCAUCUCAAGACGAUGAGAACUCAUUGAGCCCUCCUGCUGAUGGUGUGAGCACUGAGAGACCAGCGUUUGCCACCCAGCUCCUCGUUCAGUAGUUGUGGUGAUGGUGGUGCUAAGUAGUUCAGUCUGCCACUGAAUCUCUGCAUGUAUAUGUUGACUCGAUUUGGGGUUUUUUGACCUGUGCAAUCUUCUUGAGGAAGCUUCGAGAACAGGAACUGUUGUUUGUUUGUUUUGUUUUUUGAUCGUCUAAUCCACAACUUCCUGUUUGUUUGUUUGUUUGUUUGUUGGUGUGUUUCAUGCUCCGUUGUUUAUCUGUCUUCAUAUUUUCAGUCUAAACGUGACACCCUUCACAUGUGGGACGACCUGGAUUCAGUGGAUUUCAAGUGUGUGUUUUGUUGUUUCGGGGUGUAUGUAUGUGUGACGCUGGCUUCGAAUCCUGCACUCCAGAUGCUUCCAGAUCCUCCACCAUAUUGACUGUUCACAUCACACAACCUUUACUUUCUUGUGCAAUAACUGUGUGUUUUUGUUCACUCCAGAAACAUGUUUAAUUUUUUUGAUUUUGUUCGCUUUUUUUCUGUGUCCCGCAUUCUGUUUUUGUAAAAACGUUUUUAUUUUUGUAAUGUUUUUAAUUUCGUUCAUCGUUUACAGAUUCCUGUCAGACAGGCUCCUUAAGGGGAAAAGUCAGUUUUAAAACUGUUUUUGAGAGUUUAUAUUCCCUCUUCCCCUUUUCUCUGCAUAAAUUGCACCUGGACGAGCGCGAGUUAAAGCGGCCAAGUGUAGAUCUCGCAGAACGACUUGCCUGUAGGUGUCACCAUUUCCCACUUUGUGUUGAGCUUCAGAGUCUCGUCUGUGGCUUUUAUUCGUCUCGUUCGUCUUUAAGGUUGUAGUUGUGUGGCAUUGAGGCCUUAGGCCUUGGAUUUAACCGAUUGAGAACCGACUGAUAGACAUUGAAAAAAUUCUCAAGCCCUUAGUCUGUACGCGCUUUCAUUUAUAUGUGUGUCUGUCCUUUUUUUAAUCGCUCUAGGUAAGUGUGAGACGUGAAUUAUUUUAGGGAAGCUCUAAUGAACGUGCGAGCAGACUCCAGAUCAGUGCAGCUUUAUGCAAGGUGCCCUUAUCGGACCGUUUCGAGUUCUGAACGGGCAUCCGAAUCAGAUUAGCGGAGAACGGGAAUUUAUUUUGAUUCCUUUCUGGAAUCUUGAUGUGCAUUUAUUGCCAGGUACAUGCUCUAAUAUAUGCCUUUUUGGUAAUUACCUAUUCCUGUACUGUAUUGUAUUGUUUUUUUGGGGGGAGGGGAGGGUUCUGUUUGUAUAUGGCACACUAAAACUGUAUUGCCGUUGCUGAACAUCACAGGCAUACAGGUUAUAGUUACUAUGCAAGUGGAGUUUUGAAAACCUCUGUUCCUGUGUCCCUCACGACGGCCGUUUGCUUGUAAAUCUUGUCAAAGUGACCGUAGACGGACCCAGGCCUGAGAGCAACGCAUCAAGGUACACGUGAACCGUUCCUGUAUGCAAGUUCAGUCUGUUUCGAUGGAGGGAGAACAGCCAGACGUCUUGUCUGGAGUUUUUGCGGAGCAGAUAUUUCCUCCUGAAGAUCAACCAGACUAUUUUACUGCUGUUACAAUGUUACAACCAUGACUUACAGUCUGUAUGGAAUGACUUUGAUUGCCACAGGCUUACGUGACUUGUUUUUACAAAGUCAUAUGUGAUACAGAGACUGCGGAUUGUCCUUGUAACUCUUGACUCGCCUGCCUCUCAAUGCAAUAGGGCAAAUGUAACACUAAAAGCAGUUUCUGCUUUAGAUAGAACCAGCAUCUUUUGCAAAAUGGGUCAGACAUUGAGGCAACUCUCCCCCUCCUUCGGUUCACAUAAGGACCUACUUUACAGGUGAUUUUGUCUGAAUGGAAACGGCUCCCUGUUUUUCCCGAGUGAAUCUGUGGAGGUGUGCUGGAAAGGUGGAAGUGUUUCACUCUGUAAUGGUUUGACAUUUGUAGUGAUGUACUUGAUACAGUGUGACGCUCCUCAUUGAAUCUCAGUGAUGGAUUUUAAAUGUAAUUUUUUUUUUUUUUUUUUUUUUUUUUUUGCUGACGUCUGUUAUGUCGCAGUGGCCAAAAGCACUCUUUGUCAAUCCUUAACUGAAAGCCCUCAGUGUGGCCUGCUCAGCAUCCAAGAGGUCAGACGGAGGAAUUGUUUUUGUUUUCCUUCAAUAUUUUUAUGUAAUAUUUUUUUUUCUAUUUUAUUUUUUAAAUAAACAUCUUAAAACCA